AAAUAACUCAGCAGGAAGGAAGAAAAGAGAGAGAGAGAGAGAGAGAGAGAGAGAGAGAGAGAGAGAACAAUGGCAUCACAAGGAUGUUUCAAUGGAAUUAACAGUAUAAAAAGGGUUCAUCCUCUGUUUCACUCUCUCACAUAUCGUUUCUCUUCUUCUUAUCUUCAAUUGAAAUCCAAACCUCGAGCUCGCAUUCUCUCAUCAUCACAGCUUCGUCUAUCUUCUGGUCUUGGAUAUCGCAGGCAUUGUUCUUCAUCUUCUCGACGGUUUCAUUCUUGUUCAUAUAAGAGAAGCGAGGCAGCCUCGCCGUUGAAGAGGAGUUACAUAGAAAAGGAAGAAGAGAUGACGAUUAAACCGGCGGUUCGAAUCUCCGAUGGGAAUCUAAUCAUCAAAAACCGUACGAUUCUAACCGGUUUACCAGACAAUGUCAUCACGACGACAGCAUCAGAGGCCGGACCGGUGGAAGGAGUCUUUGUCGGAGCUGUAUUCGACGCAGAGCAGAGUAACCACAUCGUACCGAUCGGUAAGCUUCACGAUUCCCGGUUCAUGUCUUGUUUCCGGUUCAAACUCUGGUGGAUGGCCCAGAGAAUGGGCCAACUGGGCCGUGACAUCCCUCUCGAGACGCAGUUCCUAUUAACCGAAUCAAACGACGGGUCCCACCUGGAGCCUGACGGCGUUGACGGCGGAACCAACCAGAAACUCUACACCGUCUUCUUGCCGUUAAUCGAAGGCUCGUUCCGUUCGUGUCUACAGGGAAACGUUAACGACGAGGUGGAGCUCUGUUUGGAGAGCGGGGACGCCGACACUAAAACGUCGUCGUUUACUCACUCUCUGUACAUUCACGCCGGCACUGAUCCGUUUCAGACGAUAACGGAAGCUAUCCACGCCGUUAAGCUGCACCUCAAGAGCUUCCGUCAACGCCACGAGAAGAAGCUACCGGGGAUCGUCGACUACUUCGGGUGGUGCACCUGGGACGCGUUUUACCAGGAGGUCACUCAAGAAGGCGUCGAGGAAGGGCUCAACUCUCUCACCGCCGGCGAUACGCCGCCGAAGUUCGUCAUCAUCGACGACGGUUGGCAGUCCGUCGAGAACGAUGACAACAACGACCCGGUCGAGAACCCGGUUUUCCGGUUAACCGGGAUCGAAGAGAACGCGAAGUUCAAGAACAAGGAUGAUCCGAGACAGGGGAUCAAGAACAUUGUCGACAUAGCGAAAGAGAAACACGGUCUGAAGUACGUGUACGUGUGGCAUGCAAUAACGGGUUACUGGGGCGGGGUACGACCCGGGGAGGAAUACGGGUCUUCGAUGAAGUAUCCGAUGGUGUCGAAGGCUGUGGUGGAGAACGAACCGACGUGGAAGACGGAUGUUAUGGCGGUUCAGGGGUUGGGUUUGGUUAACCCGAAGAAUGUGUAUAGGUUCUAUAACGAGCUUCAUAGCUACUUGGCUGCUGCUGGUGUGGACGGUGUGAAGGUGGAUGUGCAGUGUAUAUUGGAGACUCUGGGUGGUGGUUUAGGUGGUCGUGUCGAGUUAACGCGUCAGUAUCAUCAAGCUCUUGAUUCCUCUGUUGCUAAGAACUUCCCUGACAAUGGCUGCAUUGCUUGUAUGAGCCAUAAUACGGAUGCUCUCUACUGCUCCAAGCAAGCAGCUGUGAUUAGAGCAUCAGAUGAUUUCUACCCUCGUGAUCCGGUGUCACACACCAUCCACAUUGCCUCGGUUGCAUACAACAGUGUGUUCUUGGGAGAGUUUAUGUUGCCAGACUGGGACAUGUUCCACUCCGUGCACCCUGCUGCAGAGUAUCAUGCCUCUGCCAGGGCCAUUAGUGGUGGACCUAUCUACGUUAGUGAUGCUCCUGGAAAACACAACUUUGAUCUUCUAAGAAAGCUUGUGUUGCCUGAUGGAUCAAUCCUUCGUGCUAGAUUGCCUGGUAGACCAACACGUGAUUGUUUGUUCACAGAUCCUGCUCGUGAUGGUGUCAGCUUGCUAAAGAUAUGGAACAUGAACAAGUACACUGGAGUUCUUGGCGUGUAUAACUGUCAAGGAGCAGCUUGGAGUAGCACAGAAAGAAAAAACAUAUUCCACCAGACGAAUACUGAUUGCAUCACUGGCUCCAUUCGUGGUCGUGAUGUGCAUUUAAUCUCCGAGGCCUCCACUGAUCCAGCAACAUGGAAUGGAGACUGUGCUGUUUACUCUCAGAGCAGAGGGGAACUUAACGUUAUUCCAUACAACGUGUCUCUCCCGAUCUCACUGAAGAUCCGUGAGCAUGAGAUCUUCACUGUGAGCCCUAUUUGUCAUCUGGCUACUACCGAUGGUGUCUCAUUUGCUCCGCUUGGUCUUGUGAACAUGUACAACUCGGGAGGAGCUGUCGAGGGACUUAGAUAUGAUGCUGAGAAGAUGAAAGUGGUGAUGGAAGUUAAAGGAUGUGGUAAAUUCGGAGCUUACUCAUCGGUGAAGCCUAAGAGAUGCGUUGUUGAGUCAAGUGAGAUCGCGUUUGAGUAUGAUGUCUCCUCUGGUUUAGUCACUUUUGAGUUGGACAAGAUGCCUUCAGAGACCAAAACAUUACAUGUGGUCGAAGUUCAGUUAUGAAAGUCAUAGCUUGUAACUUGUAAGAGUUGAUUCAAACAAUAUUCAUUACAUUACAUGUAAAACGGUUUGAUUAUUGUUGUAGCUACUUUUGGUGUUGUAUUAAAUCUAGUUAUUGAAGCAAUUUGAUUUUCAAUAA